UGGGGGUGUAGCUUCAGCACCGUGUAAACCUUUCUUUCCGUAGGCAUUCGUGCUGUGACACCGAGUAAGUAGAAUUUGAGCAGAGAGGUAUGACAAGUGCUUAUCUUAUUAUGGAUAAUGUUUCUGUGGUAAGAUUCUUCAUUCUAUCAGGGUUAAACGAGACAAAUGAGUACAGAGUAACACUCUUUACAUUCACUUUACUGUAUUACUGUAUGAUUUUUUUUCUCAAUAUUUCUAUCAUCAUGAUUGUUAUCUUGGAUGAAAACUUACAUGAACCCAUGUACAUUUUAUUGUGUAGUUUUUGCAUGAAUGGUCUUUAUGGGACCACAGGUUUCUACCCCAAGUUCCUCUUAGAUCUGUUUUCUUCCUCUCAUCAAACAUCCUAUGAAUGGUGCCUUUUACAGGCUUUUGUCAUGUAUUCAUUUGCUUGUUGUGAAUUAUCCAUCCUAGCAGUUAUGGCCUAUGACAGAUAUCUGGCUAUAUGUCGACCUCUUCACUACCAGUCUGUCAUGACAAAGAGGAAGGUCUCUCUGCUGAUAUGUUUCUCCUGGUUCACACCUUUCGCCCUCUUUUCCAUCAAUAUUCUGCUGACGUCAAGACUGAAGUUAUGUGGUGUAAAGAUUGACAGACUGUUUUGUGUGAACUGGGUAAUUGUUCAACUUGCUUGCUAUAAAUCUGACACAAAAGACAUAACUGCAUAUUUUACAUUGAUAAUUUAUUUUUCUCAUGGACCAUUCAUAAUUUGGUCUUAUAUGCACCUUAUUAGAACAUGUGUGAAGUCCAAAGAUGACAGGGUGAAGUUUAUGCAGACGUGUGUGCCUCAUUUAAUCUCUUUAGUCAUGUUCAUUGUUGUACCUCUUUUUGAUUUUGUUUUUAUGCGAUUUGGCUCCACAGAUUUACCUCAGAGCCUUCAGAACUUCAUCUCUAUAGAAUUUGUCCUCAUUCCCCCUGUGAUGAAUCCUCUAGUUUAUGGAUUUAAAUUGACAAAGAUACAAAACAGAGUUUUAGGUUCAUCUUUCUUCGCCAAAAAAUACGGCCAAUGAGAAUUAUCUUAACUAAAUCUAAUGUGAGAAAAAGUUAAAUGGACGUUUUUGUUUUUGUCUGCAUAAUGUCCUAAUCGCUUUUACAUAAUGAAUACAACCCUCAAUGUAUGUUGACUCACAAAGCAUUUCAAUUUUCAGUGUGUGUUUGUGUUUACGAUACAUCCUUAACUGUUAU